AUGAAUUAAACUUUACAAUAUGUAGAAAGUUCUCAAAGUGAUAUGUAUAAUGAAUCAGAAUUUGAUGAACAUUAAAGAGGGAUAAAUCUAGCAAUUUUGAAUUAAAAGACUUUAGAAGAUAAAAUUCAAUUUUCAAAUUUAAACAUCAAUUAACCUCUUGACUUGAAAGCACCAGCUGAAACAGUAUUGAAAUAAUAAAAUAUUAUAGAUAUAAGAAUAUUUAUUUACAGAUGAGAAAUUAGAAGCACAAGGGAAAGGAUUAAGUAAUACUCAUAUAUCGUUUAAUAAAUAUUUGAACCUAAAACUACUCGAUUUAACAAGAUGUAAUUUAACUUAAAUUCCAGAAGAUAUUAAGUAAAUCUAUUAUAAUACUUGUAGAUAAAUGGUGAAUCUUUAAAAAUUGUAUAUGGGCUCAAAUUUAUUAACUUAUAUUCCCAAUUUUUUAGAGUCAUUAAAGUUUUUAGAGAUAUUAGAUUUAUCAUAAAAUCAAUUACAUAGUUUAAAUUUCCAUAUUAAGAGUUUAAGAUAAUUGAAUAUUUCAAGCAAUAAUUUAGAUCAACCAUAUAUAUAUCCAUUAGAAGUUUUGUGUAUCUAAAUGAAUCCAAUCACUUAAUUACCAAAGAAUUUUGAUAGGGCAAUAAAAAAUAUGAAUCAAUUAGAAUUUGAUUGGUUUAAAUACUGUAAACCUCCUUUACCUUUGAAAUUGAACUUUGUUAAAUAUUCUUCAAUUUAAUAAAAAUUAAUGAAUGCAUUGAAACAUAAUAAAUUAAAUUUUUUAGAUUUUGUGAAAUUAUUAAGUGUUAAUGAAUAAAACUUUUCUGGUACUGAUUAUAAAGAAAGAAAUCUAUUUUGUUAAGCAGGAUUAAAUGAUGAUAUUGGAGCUUUGUAUGGAUUAUAUUAAAUUAUACCAUAAGAUAUUAAUAAAACAGAUUUUGAUAACAACACUCCUUUAACAGUAUGUUAUUUAGAUGGGAAAUUAAGGUUAAGUAUUUAUAAUAAAAAAGAUCAGUAAGCAUCCUAAAAUCAUUUGGAGCAAAUUUUUCAAUAAAUGCUAUUCAUCAAAUAAGUUAAAGAGCUGAUAUCUAAAAUUUGAGAUUCAUUUUAGCAUCUCAUAAUAAUCAAGUUUGCAAUUUAUAUAUAAUUAUUUUA